AGUGUGGGAAAUGAUGUUCUCACUGGGGCAGCGUCGACGAGUCAACUCCCUCCUUCAAUCAACUUGAAUAUAUAUCAUCUCCGAGUCCCUCGCCUUGAACUUCCCUUCUUUUCUGCUGGUCAAACCUCCAAAGGGUCGUUAAUUUCCCCUUUGUUUGCAACCCAACUUUGCUGUAUAUAUAUCCUAUAUUCUUCAUUCCUUGCUUCCCCCUAUCAACAACUUAUUAUCGUGACGUUACCUCGAAAUGUCCGCACCCGCUUCUCCGGUUCACGAAGAAACCCCGUUGGAGGUUCAGCAGGAGGUUCAUGAGGAGGCUCACGAAGAAGUCCUGGAGUUCCAUGAUAGCCCCGCAGCUAACGCGAAGCGAACUAGGACGGUGGCUAUCAUCAAGACCCAUGCUUUGGAGCACAGGUUCGAUAUUGAGCCUCGCAUCUCCGAGGCUGGCUUCGAGGUACGAAAUCGUGAAAGAACGACAGAUGGAAUUUGACAUUGAGACGGAUCCCGAGACAAUGUAUGAACUAUUCGGAGAUGACUAUGUCUCCUUCGGCGAGGGUCCAGUCUGGGUAUAUGUUCUCGAGAGACGAAGAGCAGUAGAAGUUUGGCAUACCCUCAUGGGCCACCCCGACCCAGAAGUCGCUCGACAAGAGACCCCUCAUUCCCUCCGCGCCCUGUACGGCAUAUCUCGAGAACAGAACGGCUUAAUGGGCUCUUCUGAUGCUCAAGCAGCGGAAAUUCAGAUCCUAUCCAUCUUCGCAUCUUCACCGCCCUUCCCUACCACCGAACUCCCAGAUGUCCCAUCUGAUGAUGCCCUUGCCCUCGGUUCCGGCUCCCUUCGUUCAGUUUCUUCGUCUAUCCUAGAAGCUCUGCAGCAGCAAAAUGGCUCCUCCGAAAAUGGUUAUGCUGGGUCUACCGCUACGAAUCCGUCCACUGUGGGAGGGAGCAGGAACGGUGGUGCUAAUGGGAGUAAUAAAGCUGCUACUACUUUCAAAGCACGACCACUUCCACCGACUCAUGUUAAGCCAGACAUUGCCCCGCGUAUGUCCCGCGCCGCAGCUCUUCGUGCAGGAAUCGUACUUGAAGCACCGAAACGCGCCGUUGCCACAAAGGAAUCCCUCGCGAAGACGUUCGCUAAUGUUCCAGGACACAAGAGAAGUGAAACUAUCUCUGUGGCGUCGACCGCCCCUCCUGUUGUUGCACCGCGCAUGACCCGAGCUGCUUCCUUGCGUCUGGGACAGAAGCCUCCUGAGAAGCCUACUCGACGAACGUCCAGUGUUAAUGGGAUUAGUGGAUCAGUUGGGGUUGCUGCUGCUGCUGCUGCGAAGAAUACAAAUACGUUUGAGGGUGUUCCUGGACAUAAGCGACGAGAGUCUAUUGCGGUCGCUAGUACUAAACCUCCUACGGUCGCUCCUCGUUUAAACAAAAGUGCCAGUCUUCGCGUUCAGAAGGAAGCUGCUGCACCACCGUCUUCCUUCAUGUUCCGUGGUCCCUCCCAAGGCCCCUCUCGAUCCUCCUCUCGUAAUUCAAUGAACGGACCACCACCCACGACGACGACAACUCGACCUUCCGUCUCCCGCCCAGCAUCCGCUCAAUCCAUCGGUAAUACAGCUUCCACCUCUCGUCCGAACGUCCUUCGCACGAUGUCCUCCAACACCACAACCACAACCACCAAGUCUUCGACUUCGCCGCCAAACUCUUCCUCGGAUGCACCUGCUGUACCCGCUAAGGCGAAGUCUCGUCGUAGCAGUAUCCAGGCACCUUCGAUCGCUCCUCGUCAGAAUAAGAGCGCGAUGUUACGUGCUGCGAAGAUGGCCGCGACGAAUGCUGCUGCUGCUGCUGCUGUUACGAAUGGCAAAACGCCUGUUUUGAAAAAGGUCAACAGGGUCGCCGCGGCCCCCCGGGUUGCACAAGCUGCGUAGUCGGGAUUCGACUGUUAUGUGGGGACCGAAACGGACAAUGGUUUGUGUUUGGAUAUACGAAUACCGUGUUGUUUUGACUUUGGGUCCUGUUUCUAGUUAUCUAUGUCUAUGUCCAUAUCAGGUCAUCUAUUUUUCACGCUGGUCGUACGUACCUAUGCUUAUUCCUAUCCUGCUUUCUCUCUUUAUGUUGCUUUCUUGGGGUGUUGUCGGUUUAGUGAUUUUUCUUUCGAUACCAGCUUGUUGCUUGUGACACUUCUUGUUGUUUUUUUGUUACCCUACUUUACAAAUAUCCAAGAAUCCGUGUACCAUAACUGUUAGCCUUCAGAACUCGAAGCAACUCAUAUGCCUAGCGAGAAUCUUAUGGGAACAAAACAUGAUGUCAUUGCAAGAAUGGUAAACGAAUAAUGUGCACAGAACAACGAGUACAGAGCCAAGAUAACAAGCAGACUAACGAAUUUAACAAAUGCAAGAUAUACAG